AUGGGGCAGGAUGCUUUCAUGGAGCCCUUCAGCAGUACCGUUGGGGUCUUUCAGUGCAAAAUAUACCUCCUCCUCUUAGGCACUUGCUUGGGGCUGAAGGUGGUGGUGCCAUCGUACACCGUCCAUGGUGUCAGGGGUCAGGCCCUCUACCUCCCUGUGCACUAUGGAUUUCACACUCCGGCAUCAGACAUUCAGAUCAUAUGGCUGUUUGAGAGACACCACACGAUGCCCAAAUACUUACUGGGCUCUGUGAACAAGUCCGUGGUUCCCGACCUGGAAUACCAACACAAGUUCACCAUGAUGCCACCCAAUGCAUCUCUGCUCAUCAACCCACUGCAGUUCACCGAUGAAGGCAAUUACAUUGUGAAGGUCAACAUUCAAGGAAAUGGAACUCUCUCAGCUAGUCAGAAGAUACAAGUCACUGUUGAUGACCCUGUCACAAAACCCAUGGUACAGAUUCAGCCUGCCUCUGGGGCUGUGGAGUAUGUAGGGAACAUGACACUGACAUGCCUGGUGGAGGAAGGUACCCGGCUGGCUUACCAGUGGCUAAAAAAUGGUAGACCUGUCCAUACCAGCUCCAACUCCUUUUCUCCCCAAAACAACGUUCUUCAUAUUGCUCCAGUGACCAAGGAAGACAUUGGGAAUUACAGCUGCCUGGUGAAGAAUCCUGUCAGUGAGAUGGAAAGUGACAUCAUUAUGCCCACCAUAUAUUAUGGACCUUAUGGACUUCGAGUUAAUUCUGAUAAAGGACUAAAAGUAGGGGAAGUGUUUACUGUUGACAUUGGAGAAGCCAUCUUGUUUGAUUGCUCUGCUGAUUCUUAUCCUCCCAAUACCUACUCCUGGAUCCAAAGGACUGACAAUACAACAUAUGUCAUUAAGCAUGGGCCUCUCUUGAAAGUUGCAUCUGAAGAAGUAGCCCAGAAGACAACUGACUAUGUGUGCUGUGCUUACAACAACGUAACUGGGAGACAAGAUGAAACUCAUUUCACUGUCAUCAUCACUUCUGUAGGACUAGAGAAGCUUGCACAAAAAGGAAAGUCAUUGUCCCCUUUAGCAAGUAUAACUGGAAUAUCACUCUUUUUGAUUAUAUCCAUGUGUCUUCUUCUUUUAUGGAAAAAAUAUCAACCCUACAAAGUUAUAAAACAGAAGCUAGAAGGAAGGCCAGAAACCGAAUACAGAAAAGCACGAACAUUUUCAGGCCAUGAAGAUGCUCUGGAUGACUUCGGAAUAUACGAAUUUGUCGCUUUCCCAGAUGCUUCUGCGGUUCCCAGGAUGCCCAAUAGAUCUGUUCCAGCCUCUGAUGGUGUAUCAGGGCAAGAUUUUCACAAUACCAUUUAUGAAGUUAUUCAGCACAUCCCUGCCUUACAGCAAGACCAUCCAGAGUGA